AUGGCCUUUUUGCAGGCGUCCCCUCAGUGCUUUCGGCUUUACAGGGGCAACGCGGCGAAUGGAGUUGACAUCCAGCUGCUGCAGAACACGGUGACCUUGGAGAUUGUGGAGCUACCGCAUGAGAAGGUCGGCCACCGCUUCAUCGGCAAGUGCAAUCGGGUCAUUAGGGUGAUCGACAGCCGCGUGCAGCUGGAUGAUAUUUUCGAGGCCUUCCAAUCCGACCAGGUCCACCAUGAGAUCCGCGCAGAGCCUCAGUUCAUCAGGCUGUCGGACUUGCAAGGCAUUGACAUCGUCGACUUCGUCACCCACUUGCACAACGCUGGCUGCCAGGAGCACUCCGAGCUGCUUAAGUCAAUUGCUGCUCAGGUGCUCCGUGAGAUGUCUGGCAUCGUGGAGAGCAUGAUCUGCGCCGCGCACCCCGUGCGCGGCAACGCGCUCGAGCCGAUGGACCUCGACGGCGGCGCGGGGGGAGGGCGCAUGAAGCUCUACCACGCCAGGAACGCGCGCUUGACGGAGCGCUUGCUGUGUCAGUACGUAGAUGCGUCACGGCGCGCAUUCAAGGACCCGCGCAGGAGGGGAAUAUCGAAAGAGGACGCCAGAUGCGUGUCGAUCGCGGGGCCAGACGGCACGAAGGUGGGGACGGACCUCAGCAUCACCAUGGGCGUGGUCAUGGACCAGCGCAGCGGGGUGUGCGCGGUGGCGCCGCCCCAGGUCCCCACGGAGUGCCUCACCGAGCAGUGUUUCUGCGACAGCGUGGAGCUCGCGGAGCUGGAGGAGAAGCACCGUUUGCACUUCAGGAGCGUCGUCAAACGCAAGGUCGGGGAGGUUCAGGUUGAUGAGAAAGGCGAGCCCACAGGAGAUCCUUUCGACUGGCGCUUAUUGUGUAUUUCUCCUGACAUGGGCCCUGAUAUGGUAGCCACAGAUGCGUUCCUCAGUUAUGAGAAGAACAUCAACUUGCAGUGCGACUAUGACCAGAGCCACACGCUGAACAACGCGUCGAAGGGCGCAUUGAGGGAGGGCGUCUGGAAGCACAUGGACUCGUGCGGGUCUUGCGACCAGGACGACUUGUUUUUGUUUUACUUGCCCCACAUCCGCCGCCAGAUGAAGGAGGUCGACCUCAGCACGCACGAGGUGGUUGAGGCUUUCUGGAAGUCCUUGCGUAACCAUUCACUUUUACACACCAAGUCGGAGCGCGUGCACUUGGGCAAGUUUCAGGCCCCCAUUGUUAUCGCUGGGAAAACUAUACAUUUGUUCUCGUUGAAGGCUUACUUCUUGAACGCAGCUGUCAUGACUCUCGGAUUCAAAGGGACUGACCGUAGGACCACCGCCCCGCCGAAAGAGAUGCUGCCAUACCCAGACCCUGCAGAAGGUGCCGUUGUCGAGUGCGUUCCUAACACGUUGAAGGCCCAGUCGCACAAGUCAUUCGAUGCCAAGUGCGCCAACCAAUUGGACCGAGCCGCUUUCUUGUUCGGCGACAUUUCUAAUUUCAACCGCCAGCGCCGGAUCGUCGACGUGUUGUCACUUGUUGCAACUUUCCAUGGCAAGCGCCCCUGGGUUUAUUUAACCGCCCUUGCCCCCGCCAAGGCGGGGGUGAUGGCGGCGAGGCAGAACAAGGAGUUGCGGAGCGCCGACGCCACCAAGCCCUACGAGCUGAAGAUGUGCAAGGGCUUCUACCACCGCGCGGAGCAGCUCACCAUGACGAACGCGAACUUCAUCAGGCACUACUCUGAGGAGGGCAUCUUUCCGACCUGGGUUGAUCAGCGGAUUUGUUUGAACGAUCCUAGAGUACAGAUGGAGGAUGAGAACUGCCAGAUGUUGCACAGGCUCAUCGUGGACUUGCCGAUGCAGCAAGCGACGAGGAACCUUGUCUGGAGCCACGGGUUGCCUCGCAGACAGGUCCUGCUCCUGGAUCAGGACGAGGCCGUCCAGCAGGCUUUCCUGGACGAGCUGCGCCACGACCGCUUCCUGUACAUGGAGCUCCAGAAAGCAACCUUCGAGGGCAGCGACCAGAUGAGGCAGGGGCACGUGAUGCGCAAGAUGUGCAACCAGCAGCUCCUCCGAUGCCUGGGCGUGGAGGACUGGAAGGUGACUCCGAGGCUCGCGGGCCACCUCGAGACCAAGAUCCGGCGGCACAUCGCUUCUCAGAUCAUCGAGGACUGCUUCGGAAAAGCGAAAGCCAAGAUCGACAAACAGUCCAACACGUUGAGUUGCCCGAAAUUGGCGAUGGCGGCUGUGAUCGACUCGGAAGUGGUAAGGGUCACGCACAAGUUCGAGGAAGUUGAUCCCCAGCAGGUGCAGCCAGCCAGGGCAGCGAUGUUUGCCCCCACGACGUUCAAGCCUCAGCUGCAGCGCAGGUUCCUGGACAAAAAGACGGAGGAUCUCGGCUUGUACAAGAUUUCUGGAUAUGGCGAUGCGUUUUGGUGGUCACCGCAGGCUUGUGGACACGCGCAGGCCUUGUCCGACUUGGAGGUUCUUCGGCAAGCUCAUGCUCGAGGCAAGAUGGCGGACGUUCCAGCGAAGUUCUAUAGCCAACUCGUUCAGCCGAACAUUCUCGUUCGCAAGGUUGACGAUGCUGAGUGGCGCCUCGGUUUGGGAUGUGUUGAUGGUUGCUUGGUCGUGACAUGGCCAGUUGUAUCCACAGCAGAGGGCAGCUACAAGGUGAACAACUACGGCCACAGGGACUUGCGCGUCAUCUUCGACCCCUCCGAGUGGGAGGGCCUCUCGGUGAAGUACGCCUCCCCGCUGCACCAGGCCAUCUUGCAGACCAUGAGCGACUUGGACAACGCCACCGCCGCGACGGAGGUUGACCUCAAGUUACUUGAAGGAACUUUCUGUGAUUUCAGAGAAGUUGCUUACCCCAGUGCGUCGUUGGCCACCCUGAUCAAGACCCUCUGCCGCGCCGUCGUUCCCGAUUGUACCGAUCUCAUCAUCAACCAGGCUUUCUUCGCCAGGACUGGCUCCUUCCACAUGGACGACUCUAUCGAGGACCCCCUCCAUCUUGAAUGGGUGACCGAUGUAUUUGACAAAGGUCUCGCAGACGAAGUAUUGCAGGAGUGCAAAGCAGCGAAGGCCAUCAAGUCCCAGCGCACCGAGUUCACCGACGAGGUAUGCAAGUGGAAGUUGCAGUGCCAGGACUUGCUCCUGGUCCAGAUGAUCGCCCUGCACCAGCACCUCAUUCAGAUGGUCACACAUCGCCAUUGCCGGCAAUUGCUCCAGAUGGCCACGCAGCACCUGAUCCAGAUGGCGCCCAUUUGCGUCGAGGACAGCCCGCCUCCUCCCGUGCCUGCCGCGUCGGCCUCGGUCAUGGGCGCGCCUGCUGCAGUUGCGCCGUUUGCCGAGCUUGCUGCAGUUGCCUCGGUCGCGAGCACCCCGAGGCGUAACCUCAUCCGGCUACGUAGCAGUGCGCGUUUGGCAGCUUACGACCCAUCGGGCAUUGUUCGGGAGGGCGAGUUGCCAAGCCCUUUCGGCGACCAGCAGUUCAAUGCGCAGAGCCAGGUUUUAAGAGAUGUGGCGGCCGAGGCAGGUGCUGACACCCAGGUCAAGUCUAGGUUCGACCGCGCGAUGGGUGACCUCAACACGGUGAUGGGGCAGCAGCUGGAGAUGCACACGAAGUGUCUUGGUUGGCUAGAAGAGUACCAGUUACUGGCGCACAAGCACGAAUCUCAUGCCGAACAGCUGUUAGUUGACCUCGAUCAAGAGAAAGUAAAGGGCCUCGAGUUCAAGCCGACGCGCUUGCCCUCCGCGUCAGGCGCGCGGGCUGGCGCGCGGUGGGAGCGCGACAGCGGGCGUGACAUCAGCGGUCAUGUUAUCGCCCCUUGCAUUUCCCCACUGCUGGCUGGAGACAGCGAGCGCCGCAAGGUGCGCGUGUGCGCGGCCUGGGACUUCGGGCAGACGGUCGCCCUCGCGCCCGCGGAGGGCUUGGACGUGAGCGACGUGCAGGUGGGCUACGCGGACCCUCCGAAUGGCGCGCCGAUGAAGUGGUGGGUCGCCGCAGUCUUGUGGGGUGAUGAUGUGCCGCGUGGUAAGGUUUGCGACGUCGCGGGGUGGUGGGCGGUCGACUUCUUCACGAACCACAUCUGCGACUCGUUCCCAGCCGUGACCGACGCCCCCGAGAAGUUCCGCGCUGGCGGUACGCAGUACGACUUGGUCGUGGUCGAGGGCAUGAGCCGCUUGUCGACGCCCGAGCGGGUUGAGCUCAUCUGCGAGGUCGGCAGGCUCGCCGUCUGGACCAUCAGCACGUGGGCGCAGCAAGAGAUCGCCUCUCGCAAGUUGACGGUGCACCCCGCUGCCAUUCCGAACUUGCUCGCCCACACCAACAGGUGGGUCUCCGACGGCAUCAGGGUGAUGAUCGACACCGAGGCGCAGGCGGCGAUCGAGACGCACAGCGCCCCGCCCAGCCGCAAGCUGAAAACGGCGAGGAGCAGGCAGGCUGCCGCGCGCCGAUCUGCCAGCAGCGGAGGCCUCUCCUACCUCGACAGCGUCGCGGUGAGGCCUGUCCAGGUCGAGGACUACCACCGGCGGAUCGAGGAGUUCUAUGGGUUCGUCCGCCGCCAGGGCUUGAGCACCUGCACCCUGGACUCCCCAGAGGCAGCGCUCCUGGACUGGGCGGGCGACGCACUCUUGGAGGGCAGGAAGAAGCACGACGGCGAGAAGCUGAAGGCGGCUGUCCUGCACUACUACCCGAACCUCCAAAGGCCCAACACCAAGCCGCUCGCCAGGUUCGAGAGGUGCCUGAAGGCUCGGGGGCGUCGGCGGCCUGCGCUGGGCCGACUGCCACCGCCGUGUCCAACGAUCUGCGGUCUGGCGGUGGGCCUUCACCUCCUGAGCCACACGGACAUGGCGGUGGCCGUGCUGGUCGCGCUCAGCGCCUACUUGCGGCCAGGGGAGCUGCGUGGUCUCCGGGUGCGCGACUACGGGGCGGAGCACCAGAAGUGGUCGCUGAUUUUCGGGCCGUCGGACGGCCAGGGCGACCCGACCAAGACCGGCGUGUGCGACGACAACGUGACGAUGGACCACGAGAACCCGCAGUUCCUCGGGCACUUCUUCGAGCUGCACCGCCGCGGGAAGGCCCCCGACGAGCCGCUGUGCAGCUUCGCGCAGGCGGAGCUCGGGGCCAUGAUCGCCAAGGCGCUCAAGGUGUGCAACCUCGAGGGCCUGGGCAUCGUGCCCCACAGCCUGCGGCAUGCAGGCCCUUCGUGGGACGUCAUCACGGGCAGGAGGUCGCAGCUGGGGGUCGGCAAGGCGGUGGCGAGGUGUGGCAUCUCGUCGCUAGAAGUGGAGAUACAGAGCAGCCUCGACCUGCUCGCGCCAGGAGUGAUGGAGGCCCUGCUGAAGCUGGUGAGCUCAGGCCGUGUGAAGGUAAUAUGCCAGCAUCGGUGGCGCCGCCGCUGUGAGUACGAGGAGUACUCCGAGGUGUCCGAGGAGGAGGAGUGGUCCUGGCAGAAGAAGAGGCGGACACGAUGGGUCAGGCGGAAGGUUGCCCCUGCCAGGAAGAGUGCCGCGUCGACCGUGCCGGCCUGGAGGAUGCAGCAGGCGAGGGGCAAGGUCCUGGAUUUGCCCGUCAGCCAGGUCAGGUUCACCCAGGCGAGCAUCAAGCAUGAGUUCUCGGAUGGCAGGAAGCUCGAUGAUCUCAUCGCGGAUCUCGAGAGCGGGAAAGUUAACCCGAAGACGCACAAGAAUUUGUUGUUGAGGGGCUUCCAGCAAGACGCCCGUGGACCGCACCAUCCGGCGACUUAUUUCUGCGAGAACAACCGGCGGUUGCAUUGCUUGAGCGAGUUCCAGAGGCGGCACCCAGAGCGUGAGGUGAAGGUGCGGAUGUUCGUGGAUUGUUUCAUGGGGAAGGCCAAGAAGGCAAUCCAGGCGCUCACCACGGUCAACGGCGGAACCACGGUGACGGUGCGCAGGCCCGCGUCGGCGAGGUCGAGCCGCGACAAGGCCAUGGACGACUUGUAG